UCCGGGCACCGGAGAUCGCAGGCGCCCCGAUGGAGGCAGCCCUGCCGGUGGGAUCCGGCACCCCGCAUCCACAGGAGCAGGGAGCGACCCUGCUGCACAGGAUGAAAGGCAAACUCUUCACCUGGAAUAUUUUGAAAACAAUUGCCCUGGGUCAGAUGUUGUCCUUGUGUAUAUGUGGAACAGCCAUCACCAGCCAGUAUUUGGCAGAAAAAUACAAAGUGAACACCCCCAUGCUUCAGAGCUUUGUCAACUAUUGCUUGCUGUUUCUAAUUUAUACAGUGAUGCUGGCAUUUCGAUCAGGCAGUGAUAACCUUUUAUGCAUCUUGAAAAGAAAAUGGUGGAAGUAUAUCCUGCUGGGACUAGCAGAUGUAGAAGCGAAUUACCUAAUUGUCAGAGCGUACCAGUACACGACUCUAACCAGCGUCCAGCUUUUGGAUUGCUUUGGGAUUCCUGUGUUGAUGGCUCUCUCAUGGUUCAUUCUUUAUGCAAGAUACAGAGUGAUCCACUUCAUUGCUGUGGCUGUCUGUCUGCUGGGGGUAGGGACUAUGGUUGGUGCAGACAUAUUAGCAGGGAGGGAAGACAACUCAGGUAGUGAUGUACUGAUUGGCGACAUCUUGGUCCUUGUUGGGGCUUCCCUCUAUGCCAUUUCUAAUGUGUGUGAAGAAUACAUUGUGAAGAAGCUGAGCAGACAGGAGUUUUUAGGAAUGCUGGGCUUAUUUGGAAUAAUUAUCAGUGGCAUACAGCUAUUGCUCGUGGAAUAUAAGGAUAUUGCCAGCAUUCAUUGGGACUGGAAAAUUGCCCUGCUCUUUGUGGCAUUUGCCCUCUGUAUGUUCUGCCUGUACAGCUUCAUGCCACUGGUGAUUAAAGUUACCAGUGCCACCUCUGUGAACCUCGGCAUUCUGACAGCUGACCUCUACAGCCUUUUCUUUGGGCUCUUUCUCUUUGACAAUAAGUUUUCCGGGCUCUACAUCCUGUCUUUCACCGUCAUCAUGGUGGGCUUUAUUCUGUACUGCUCCACCCCAACGCGCACGGCAGAGCCAGCUGAGAGCAGCGUGCCCCCAGUUACCAGCAUUGGAAUUGACAACCUGGGACUGAAGCUUGAGGAGAACCUCCAGGAGACCAACUCUGCAGUCUUGUAGCUGGAGAAGUAGGUGCACUUGUCCACCUGAGGCUUCCUGGGAAACGGAGCUGCCACUGGGAUAAAGCAGAUCCUGCUGACCACCAAAGGGAUACCUGGAAGAAUAUCAGACUGAGAGCAAACACUCCAUAGCAUUGGAUUGGAUCCACUGUUAGAUUUUACAAAGGAAUACAAAAUAAUGUAUCAACAGUAGAAAUACCAAGAUAAAGCAGAAGCCAAGGCUAGGACUGUGUUUCUAUGUGUUUGAGGACCAACACCCAUUAGUCUCAGGAGAGAAGGUGUGGGCCCCAGUCCGGGGUCUCCGAGGCACAGGGUGCCGAGCAGGAUGAGGCAGAAAACCACACAGCAAGCCUCAGAACAGGGCUGAAAGAAGGCUGUCUAGGCUGGGCUGGGUGGUCAGGAAUAGGGGUAGUCCAGGGCAGUUUUGAAAUAGAUUUCCUCAGUUGGAGGCUUCUGAGUUUUGUCCUUCUGACACAGCCAUUGUCCACAACCAUAGAUGAGGUCUAGUGACUAAUUGCAUAUGGCAGGAAGAUGGGUGGGGCAGCACUAGAGAAAUCCCGAGAUCGAUGUGUGAGCACCGUAGAAGCAUUAAAGUGGAGUGCAGUAAACCUAGAGCCCUCUCUUCAUUGUUAAAAGAGGAUGCUACACUACUUCAUACCAAAUAUUUACACAUCAUGAGACUUUUACAAUCCUUCACUAAAAGUGUUAAUAGGCAGUAUCAUCAUGAUAUCAACCACCAGGA